GAUGGCUGGCUGGAAUAUUUUGAUUUUAAUAUUUGCUUUUCAGAUGUUCCUCACACCAAGGGGUUCUAUGGUGACUAUCAGUAACGGAGGCUUUGAGGAUAUUGUUAUUGCCAUUCACCCUGGACUGCAGGAGAAUGACAUGAUUAUUCAAAAAAUUCAGGCUAUGGUGACAGAGGCCACUGAAUAUGUAUUUUUUGCGACAAAGAAAAGACUCUUCAUUAGAAGUGUAAACAUUUUAAUUCCUAGAACGUGGUCCGCAAAGGGUAACUACAGAAAAAGGAGAAGAGAAACAUAUGAACGAGCUGAUGUUAUAAUUGCUGAAUCUUGGUUGAAAUAUGGAGAUGACCCAUAUACUUUGCAAUAUAAAGGCUGUGGGGAAAAAGGAAAAUAUAUUCAUUUAACACCUAACUUCUUGCUGAACAGUAAUCUCACAUCAAUUUAUGGAUCUCUAGGCAGAGUGUUUGUCCAUGAAUGGGCCCACCUGCGCUGGGGAGUCUUUGAUGAGUAUAAUACUGAUAUUCCCUAUUACAUCUCUAGUGGGUUUAAAGUGGAAGCAACAAGGUGCUCUAUUGAUGUCAGUGGCAGAAACAUUGUGCAACAUUGUGAAGGAGAUUCUUGUGUGAUAAAAUUAUGCGACAUUGACCCCAAAACCGGCCUUUUUGAAGAAAAAUGUAUUUUUCUACCAGAGAAGACGCAGACCGUUGGUCAGUCUAUUAUGUAUUUGCAGGGAUUGCCUUCUGUGUCUGAAUUUUGUGAUGAGACCAAUCACAACGUUGAAGCACCAAGUCUACAAAACAAAAUGUGUAGCUUUCGUAGCACAUGGGAUGUUAUUUUGAGCUCUCCUGACAUAAUUUCUACUUCUCCAAUGGAUAACUGUGACAUUCCGCCCCCUUCCUUCUCACUGACACAAUACAAAGACAGAGUCAUCACUUUGUUAGUUGAUGUGUCAGCAAGCAUGGAAUAUCAUAAUCGGAUUCAGCGAUUAUUUCAAGCAGCAGAUGUGUUCCUCACCCAGAUAAUUGAAGCAGGGUCUUAUGUUGGAAUUGUUGAGUUCUCCGACAUGGCUACUGUUAUUUUGGAGCCUAUUCAACUAACCAAUGAGAUUGAACGUGAGAAGCUGCUAUCACUUAUUCCAUACACCGUGACGCACAAAACAUCAUCUAUUUGUCCAGGAAUAUCAGCUGCCAUUGAGGCAAACAAAAUAUUUGAUGGAUCACCAAAUGGCACUGAAAUAAUAUUGGUAACAGAUGGAGAAGAUCACUUUAUCAAUUGCUAUGAUGAAAUAAAAAAUAGCCAAGUCAUUGUUCAUAUCAUAGCUUUGGGAAAAGAGGCAGAAAAAAAUCUUGACCGGAUUGCAGAUAUGACCGGAGGAUUUAAAUUUUUUGCAACAGAUGAUCCAGAGAUUUAUGGUUUAAUUGAUUCAUUUGCUGCAAUUUCUUCAGGGAAUGGAGAUGUUCUUCAGCGUGCCAUUCAGCUGGAAAGCACUGGUGUAAGCCUAAAGCCAUAUGGCUGUUUUAAUGGCACCGUUGUCAUUGAUAAAACAGUUGGAAAUUCCACGUUCUUUCUCAUUACCUGGCAGCUGGCUGUCCCAACUAUCGCUUUACUAGACCCAAAGAGAAAUCUAUAUACUGCACCGCAAUUCACCAAUAACACAAUUUCUAAAUCUUCUAGGCUCCAAAUUCCAGGAACAGCAGAGAGAGGACCAUGGCAAUAUAUCCUUUGCAAUAAUCACACCUCAAAUCAAGUCAUCGGCAUAGUAGUCACAACUAAAGCAGCAGAUGAGAAUGUGCCUCCGAUAACAGCGACUGCUCACGUGAAUAAGGAUAUGAACACUUACCCUGAUCCAAUGAUUGUCUAUACAUCAGUAAAUCAGGGACUUUCACCUGUGACAGGAUUGAAAGUUACAGCAACUAUUGAACCAGAGACUGGGGAUUCUGAGAUCCUGGAGCUUUUGGACAACGGAACAGGUGCUGAUAUUGCAGAAGAUGAUGGAGUCUACUCAAAAUUCUUCUCUGGUUAUACAUACAAUGGAAGAUACAGUUUAAAAGUUUACGUCGAAAAUAUAAAGAAUGAAACCAAGCUGGUCCUGCCUAGAAAUCUGGCUCUUUAUGUACCUGGCUAUAUACAAAAUGGUGAAAUUUUUAUGAACCCUUCACGGCCUCACAUAAAUGAUGAUGACCUCCAGCUUGAUGUUGGAAGCUUCAGAAGGGUGGUGUCCGGAGGCUCUUUUGUAAUAUCUAAUGUGCCCCUGACUCCCCAACCUGUAAAGAGCAAGCCUGGGAAAAUAACUGACUUAGCGGCAAAUACAAAGGGGCACACAAUUGUGUUAUCAUGGACAGCAACAGGUGAUGAUCUUGACCAAGGAAAAGCAUCAAAAUAUGACUUGAGAAUGAGUGAGAAUCCCAAAGAACUGAGGGAAAACUUUACCAGUGCUUCCACAGUAAAUAUCACCGGUAUGGCACCGCAGACAGCUGGAUCACCAGAAACAUUUACAUUUGUACCAGAUGGCGUUAUUAUGAAGAAAUUCCUUUAUUUUGCUUUGAUUGCGAUCAAUCAGGACAAUGAAAGAUCCGACCUGUCUAAUAUAGCUUUCACUGAAAUUUUUUCUUUAAUACAACCAGAUCCCACUAAAGUUCUACCUACUGUGUCAUCUACAAGCACCUUUCCAGUAAGUUAUACCUAUACUUCCUCAUAUGUGGAAAUUGCAACACAAACUACCUCAUCAACAGAAAGUACAGUUGGAACUAGUGCCAUCAUAACUGAAGAUACCACAAUGUCACCAGUAGACAACAUGACCCCACUAUCUACUAAACCAGAGAAAACCACUUCACCCAAAAUAUCUACUGAAACGUACAGUUCUACUCCAUUAUCUAGAACUUCUACCUCACCUACAGUUAUCCAAACAAGUUCAUUAAAUUAUACUCUGUCACCAAAGGCUGAAAACAGCGCCACGCCAUCUGACAGCAUUACCCCUUUAACUGGCACCAUACCACCAACUAACAUUUAUUCUGCAGACACUGACAGUACCACCCUGGCAAAUGGCAGCAGUAUCCAAACAAGUGUUAGCUCACAAAUAACUACCGUCUUCACUAAAGCACACUCUGAAUAUGGUGUUCCAACUGCAACAUCUGACAGCACCUCACUUUUGUCAGCAGUAACAAUAAAAACGACUACUACAGUCCAUAAUUACACCUCUGCCAACACCCACAAUACAUCAGUAACUGGCAAUGUUUUCACACCAACAAAGAUCACGGCAACGUUGGCUCAGACACAUUUUGACCAAGAUCAAGUAACUGUUGUGGUGGUUAUAGUAGUUUGUGUAUCAGCAGCUGUAAUUCUUGUUAUUAUAUGUAUUAUUGUAUACCUUGCAAAAUAUAAGAGAAUAAUAUAUCCGAUGACCACAGUGUAAGGCCUAUAGAUUCUACCAUGAUGAUAUGUACUCCUAAUUCUCUCAUGAUUCUACCUCUUGUUUCUUUGAUUUUGGUAACCAAUUAAAAUGCAGAAUAAUAUAUGAAGAGUAUUAUAUAUCUUAGUGCCUUGGUCAUCAAAUAUAAUGGAAAUUAGAGAGUAUAUCUGUAUAAUGUAUUGUUCUGAUUAAAAAUAAAUA